AUGAAAUUUAUUAGAAUUUUAAUAAUUUUAAUCGUUAAUGCGAUAUUUUGGAGUUCAAUUAAUUCUGUUAAGAAUAAUAAAGAUAAAAAGGAGUUGACUAGAGUUGAGGAAAUCUCUAAGGAUUUAACUAAUAAUAAGGUGUUUAACGAUGGGUUAAAAUCAUCGAUCGAUCCCCAAAUUCAACUGUUAAAACCAAAAUCUAAAAUUGCGAAUAAGGGCAUAACUAUAAGUAACGAAGAAAAAAAGUUUGAGAAAAAUGAGUAUAUGAAAAGUUACUGGCGAAAAAAUAAGGAAAAAAGGCGAGAAUUUGAUAGAAAAUACUACCAAAAAAAUAAGGAGAAGAAGCGAGAAUAUGAUCGAAAAUACCAAAAGGAGCGAGAACGGAAUCGAAAAUACCGAGAAAAGAUGAAAAAUAAAAAAGAAAACUUAAAAAAUGUUGAUCCACAAGUAGGGAAUGUUCAUUCUGAUAAUAAUGAAGGAAGUUCUUUUGUUCGGAAUGAUUUUAGAGAUAAAGGUAAAUUGCCAAUCGUUUAUGAAGAGGGCAUUCAGCAUGAAGAAGGAAAUCUUUUGAACCAAGAGGAGGAAGAAUGUAGCGAAAAAGAAACCAAUUUGGAUGAGCAAAAUCAAUCGGUGGUUGAAGAGGCAAACAUGAAUCAGAUAAAUUUAAAUGUGUAUCCUUUUGACCUGAACAAGAAACCUGAGGGCGAAGAUGAGGAUUUUUAUUAA